AUGUUGGGCAAUCAGAUACAAGGGGGCUUGGGCACACCUGGGGCGCUGUCUCAUGCUUAUGUUCAGCAUCCUCCGCUGCGAUGUGACAUACCAGACAUUCGGGGUCUGUUCUAUGAUGAUGCAAAUAAGUUCCUUAUAGCUCCAACUGCUGAUCGGAUAUUGUACUGGAAAACAACUCUAUAUACUCCAUCUGGACCUCCAAACUCUGAUCCAGUUAAUGAAGGACCUGUCUUAUCAGUUCGAUAUUCGCUGGAUCAUAAAGCCAUUGGGAUUCAACGAUCCAGACAUGGAAUUGAGUUUAGAAAUAGGGAAACAGGGGAGACUUGUAACAAAAAGUGCAGAGCUGAUUCAGAAACUAUACUUGGCUUUUUCUGGACAGAUUGCCCAACAUGUGAUGUUAUACUUGUAAAAACAAGCGGUCUUGAUCUUCUUGCCUAUGAGCCUCAGUCCCAUGCUUUUCACUUGGUGGAAUCAAAGAAAUUCAAUGUUAGCUGGUAUCUUUACACACAUGAAAGUAGGCUGAUUCUUCUUGCUUCUGGAAUGCAAUGCACGAUGUUUACUGGCUAUCAGUUUUCUGCUGGUGGGAUUGUCAAAAUACCAAAGUUUGAGAUGAUGUCUAAAAGUGAAGCAAACAACAAGCCUGUUCUAGCUGCAGAUGAUGUUCACAUUGUAACAGUCUAUGGUAGGAUUUAUUGCUUGCAGCUUGACAGAGUUAGUAUGUCAUUGAAUCUAUAUCGCUUUUACCGUGAUGCUGUUGUACAGCAGUGUAGUCUGCCAACAUACUCAAGCAGAAUUGCAGUUAGUGCUGUUGACAACAUAAUUAUGGUUCACCAAAUAGAUGCAAAAGUAGUCAUACUUUACGAUGUGUCCCUGGAUUCUUAUGCCCCAGUUUCUGCACCACUCCCACUGCUAGUGAGAGGGCUGCCCAUCAAUAGUAAACAAUUAUCUCAGACUGCAGAUAGCCAGUCUAGUGCUUAUGGUGGAACCAUCUAUGGAGAAGGUUGGAACUUUCUCAUUCCGGACCUCAUCUGCGAUGCUGAGAAUGGGCUCUUAUGGAAGCUCCAUUUAGACCUGGAGGCUAUUGCUGCUAGUAGCUCUGAUGCUCCUUCAAUUUUGGAAUUCCUUCAGAGACGAAAGUCUGAUCCAAGCAUGGUUAAGACUCCAUGCCUUGCUAUAGUUCGGACAAUCAUUCUGGAAAGGAGGUCAGUGCCCACAGUUGCUAAGGCAAUGGAUGUUGUUCUUGAUUCCUACACGCGUUUGAUGAAAAUGGGAGGGGCUUUUCCUGGGGUUAGGCGAACACAUGAGCAAAAUCAGCAGUUAGGUAGUCAGCCUAAUGAGGGCUCCCAUGUGGUUUCUCAGGAACCUAGUCCUGGAACAACAGUUAGUCCUGCUGUGAACCCAGACCAGGCAAGUGGGGCUGUGAAUAUAUCUGAACAGUCAAAUUCAGGGGUUGAGCAUUCAAUAGACAGGGGAUUACUAAAUAUAAAUAUAUCUUCUGAUUCUGCGGACAAUACAUCUGAUGCUGUCGACAAAAGACAGCAAACUGUUGGCGAAGCUAGCCGACCAUUGUCUUCAGGCACAUUGACUCAACAUGGACAACAUGCUGGAACCGUGGCAAUUUCUCCAAUUGAGAUGUUCCAGUCUGUCUUUACACUUGUUGAAGAUGAAAUGAUGGGUGAUCCUGCAUAUCUUAUUGCUGUCAUCAUGGAGUUUCUACAGAGUGUCUCAAAGGCUGGGCUCAAGGCUCCUCACAACCUUUAUGUGAUGAUGGCAACACUACUAGCUCGUAGCAACCGUUAUGCUGAAAUAGCAUUGUUUGUGUCAAACAAGAUUCUUGAGCCGUGUAAAGAACUGGCAAUGCAACUCAUGGAGCUGGGUCUGCAGCACCCGCCAACAAGGAAGUUGGGCAUGGAUAUGCUGAGGGAGCGAGGCCUGCAUCACGACUACGUUACUGCGAUGCUGCAAGAUGGGUACUACUUGGAGGCCUUGCGCUAUGCCAGAAAAUACAAGGUGAUCACCGUGCAGCCUGCCCUGUUCCUUGAGAAAGCCGUGGCGAAGAACAGCGCCCACAAUCUGGCUGCAGUGCUGAGCUUCUUCUGCGAGUUCACUCCGAGCUUCAAGACCACAUCGGACUUUGGCAGAUACCGGCAUAUCCUGUCAGAAAUGGUUUGA